AUGUGGGAAGGAUUGAACGGCGUUUGCAACAGUGGUGACUGGUUUAAGGUGUUGAAGGAAGCUUCUAGGUUUUAUGCUGCGAGUUGGGUACGUGAUAUCGAUCCGGAGCUUCGGCCAAAUGAUUAUAAGAAGGAUGAAGAGGGUGAGGAUAAGCCCAGUGGAGCAAAAAGCAAGACUAGAGAGAAAAAACCAUCGACGUUGGAAGAUGUUGAGGGGGGAAUGGAGACACCAAGGCCUGCUUUGCAACGGGUGUACAUGACAAGAGCUUCUGCCAAUAGAGAUGCUCUCAAAAGUUUUAUAGAACGGUAUCAAGAAGGCAUCCAACAAGUAAUGGAGAAGAAGCAGGAUUCUAAAUCUCAACAAGAAGCUAAUGCACCCAAAAAUUCACCUUGACCUUUUGUAGGAGGCAAUAUAUAUUUACUCUUCUCCCGCAUUUGGGAGUAUUCAUACAACUUGUAGGGCUUUCUACAGCUCAGAUCAUAGGAGACUAUUAGCAGAAUUUAUUCUGUUAAUGCAAAGCAAAACUUGAGAGCUAUAAAUACUGGUCAAUCUUAUGUAUAGCUAAUUUCAUUAAAGUACAUAUCCAUUGGUAGCUGAAAGUAAAUUUGCCACUUGAUUUCUAUGGUAAUUGGUUUUAUGAUUUAAUUA